AUGUUUGCCGCUAGACUCCCCAAACGCAUUCCUCUGCCACGACCGGCGAGGCCGGCGAGGCUUAUCUCCACCUCUGCACCCAGGCACUCGGACGCCCUCUUUGUGCACCGCGACACUACCUACAACAACCCCAAGAUCCCAUUUGAGUUCAGCGCGGAGAACUUGAAGCGUGCAGAGGAGAUCAUCUCGCAUUACCCGCCACAGUACAAGAAAGCGGCCGUCAUCCCCCUCCUCGACCUCGGCCAGCGGCAGAACAAAGGAUGGACCAGCAUCAGCGUGAUGAACUACGUCGCGAAGCUGCUCGAGAUGCCGCCGAUGCGGGUGUACGAGGUCGCGACGUUCUACACCAUGUUCAACCGGGAGCCCAUCGGGGACAACUUCGUGCAGGUCUGCACGACGACGCCGUGCAUGCUCCGAGGCUCGACCGAGAUCCUCAACACCGUCUGCAGCCACCUGGGCGGGAUCAAGCCGGGCGAGACGACGAAGGACGGAAAAUUCACGGUCAUCGAGGUCGAGUGCCAGGGCGCCUGCAGCAAUGCACCAAUGAUGGCCGUGGGGGAUGAUUUCUAUGAGGACCUCACUUCGGAGACGACGAAGAAGAUCCUGGAUGCGUUCUCCAAAGGAGAGAAGCCCAAGCCUGGUCCUCAGAGCGGUCGCCAUACCAGUGAGAACUCUGCAGGCCUUACAGCGCUCACGUCGAAGCCUUACGGUCCGGGGGAGUUCUGUACACCAGAGUUUAGUUAG